GUCAGCGCGCGUUGAGAGCCAAUCGCGGGCGCUCCCUUGAGGCCGCGUCACAGGCCGAGCAGCCAAACAGAAAAGUUUAAUAAACAGCGGACGGAGGGCCGGCGGCGGCGGGCCGGGAGCUAGUGGGGGUUCGGCGGCCUCACCUGUCCUCACUCAGCGGCGGCGAGAGGCGGCGGCGGCGGCGGCGGCAGCGCGUCCGGCGGAGAGGGCCGCCGCCAGGAAUGAAUCUGAAGUCUGCUGCAGUAAAACACUGAAGGCUUUAAAAUGUUUUCUUGCAUAAAAGUCAAACUUUAAGUAGCUGCUUAUGAGGAUAGGGAAGGCAGGAAGCUAAUGUCUGUCUCAAGACACAGGACAGCUGUUUGCUCAUCAACCUCAACUGUGUGUGCAACAGAAGAACAUGGCUCAAGAAACUAAUCACAGCCAAGCACCUAUGCUUUGCUCCACUGGCUGCGGAUUUUAUGGAAACCCUCGUACAAAUGGCAUGUGUUCAGUAUGCUAUAAAGAACAUCUUCAAAGACAGAACAGUAGCAAUGGUAGAAUAAGCCCACCUGCAGCUUCUGUCAGCAGUCUGUCUGAAUCCUUACCAGUACAGUGCGCAGAUGGCAGUGUCCCAGACGCUCAGUCAGCGCUAGAUUCUACGUCUUCAUCUAUGCAACCAGGCCCUGUAUCAAAUCAGUCACUUUUAUCAGAAUCUGUAGCAUCUUCCCAAGUGGACAGUACAUCUGUGGACAAAGCAGUAUCCGAGACAGAAGACCUGCAAGGACCCAGAGCAGAGGGCCUUGUUCCUCUUGAAUGUGAUCCUCCAUCUUCAGUAUCAGAUACGCCACAGCAGCCAUCUGAAGAGCAAAGCAAGUCUCUUGAAAAACCAAAACAGAAAAAGAAUCGCUGCUUCAUGUGCAGGAAGAAAGUGGGACUUACUGGGUUUGAAUGCCGGUGUGGAAAUGUUUACUGUGGUGUGCACCGUUACUCAGAUGUUCACAAUUGCUCUUACAAUUACAAAGCUGAUGCUGCUGAGAAAAUCAGAAAAGAAAAUCCAGUAGUUGUUGGUGAAAAGAUCCAGAAGAUUUGAACUCCUGCUGGAAUACAAAAUCCUUUGACUAUCUGCAAACUAAACAUUGACUUGAGGUUUUUUUUCCUAGUCCUUGGGAAUGUAGAGCACCGUAUCUUGCAUAGACCCUUGAAUCAUGCAUGUCAUCAGAAGAAUAGAUUUUUGGUUUUGUUUUGAAAAUGACUCUGAACAUUUAUUUCCAUUGCAGUUUCUGUGGCUGAAAAAAAGUAUUAUACUUUUAAGAUCAUUUUAAUUUUAGUUGAGUGCAGAGGGCUUUUAUAACAAAUGUGGAGAAAUUCUGGAGGGCUGUGAUUUUUCCAGUAUUAAACAUGCAUGCGUUGAUCUUGCAGUUUAUUUCUCAUUGUGUAUGUAUAUAUAGCUUUUCUCUGCAGCACGAUUCCCUUUUGAUAAGGCCCUUCUGGGUACAACUAGUUAUCAGUAACUGAAUGUAUCUUAAUCAUUACGGCUGCUUCUGUUUGUUUUGUUUUCAUUAACAAAGGUUAUACGUAUGUUAGCAUAUAGUUUCUUUGCACCCACUAUUUAUGUCUGAAUCAUUUGUCACAGGAGAAUAUGUGCUGACGAGAUUCUAAAUUUGUGGUUUUUGGUUCCUUUUAUUUUAUUUUAUUUUUUUUAAGCAAGGGAAAGAAAAGCUGAGUGCAUUUCACUGCUGACUGCAAGUUUCUUUGAGAUUACUGUUCAUUGGUCUGUGUGUGCACAAUAUGAAGAAUGAUCUGGUCAUUGUGCGGUAUUUAUGUUUAUUCACCAGUCUUUGAUUAAAUAAAAAGGAAAACUCAAAAAAAAAAAAA